AAAAAAAGAAAAAAGGCAAGGAAGGGAAAGAAGCCAGCAAGAGACUGAAAAGAGCAAGAGAAAGUGGCAGCUGAGAAGGACUGUGAAAUCACCUCCCCUUUCUUGGGCUGUCGAUCAGAACGAGAGUUGUACAUUAUUAUUGUUUUCUUUCUACGUCUAUCUGUCCACAUACACAGGCAGAGAAAGAAACAAGUACUGACAGUGAAACUCGACGAGACCAGCCAUGGUAGUAAGGGCUCAGCCUGAUCGGAAACAAUUACCGCUGGUCCUACUGAGAUUGCUUUGCCUUCUCCCCACAGGGCUGCCAGUCCGCAGCGUGGAUUUUAGCCGAGGUACCGAUAACAUCACCGUGAGGCAAGGGGACACAGCCAUCCUCAGAUGUUAUGUAGAAGACAGAAGCUCCAAGGUUGCUUGGUUAAACCGUUCUGGCAUCAUUUUUGCUGGAGAGGACAAGUGGUCCCUGGACCCUCGAGUAGAGCUGGAGAAGAGAAACCCCCUGGAAUACAGCCUGCGGAUCCAGAAAGUGGAUGUCUACGAUGAGGGGUCCUAUACGUGUUCAGUGCAGACACAGCAUCAUCCCAAGACUUCCCAGGUUUACUUGAUUGUGCAAGUUCCACCAAAGAUCUCCAAUAUCUCCUCAGACAUCACCGUGAAUGAGGGCAGCAAUGUGACCCUGGUUUGUAUGGCAAAUGGGCGUCCUGAGCCUGUCAUCACCUGGAGGCACCUCACUCCUACAGGCAGAGAGUUUGAAGGUGAGGAGGAGUACCUGGAGAUCCUGGGGAUCACACGAGAGCAGUCGGGCAAGUACGAGUGCAAAGCUGCCAAUGAAGUUGCCUCAGCAGACGUCAAGCAAGUCCGGGUCACUGUGAACUACCCUCCCACCAUCACAGAGUCCAAGAGCAAUGAAGCAGCCACAGGACGACAAGCCUUACUGCGGUGCGAGGCAUCAGCAGUGCCCACGCCUGAUUUCGAGUGGUACAGAGAUGAUACCAGGAUAAACAGCGCCAAUGGUCUGGAGAUAAAGAGCACGGGAAGUCAGUCUCUGCUGAUGGUGGCCAAUGUCACUGAGGAACACUACGGGAACUACACCUGUGUGGCUGCCAACAAGCUGGGAGUCACAAAUGCUAGCCUAUACCUUUACAGACCCGGCACAGGGAGAGUAGACAACGGCUCCAUGAGUUUGGCCAUCCCACUGUGGCUUCUGGCAGCAUCCCUGCUCUGCCUACUCAGCAAAUGUUAAUACAAAUCAGAAUUAAAAUAAUAAUAUUAAUAAUAAUUAAAAAACAACACGACAACAACAACAACACACAAAACAAAAUGCGUUAUACAGGAGACAGAGCGAAGAGAGGGGAGAGAGAAAAAAGAGGGGGGGAGAGAGAGAGACGACUGUUUCUUUCACAACUUCUGUGUGUUCAGGAGCGAAGAGGGGGGAGAGGAAAAAUUACAGCAAAGAAGACUCAGCAACAUUUAAUCCAAAACCUGAAACGCCGGCUGUCAAGUCAUCGACUGCCUAGGAGGCAACAUGAAGAGAGGGAGAGAAUGGAGCACCAGCAAGAAUCGUGUAGCCGGAGGAUGCUGCAAUGUAAACAAUCCAACAAAAACCACAAAGCCAAUCAAAAAGAUCCCUUUUCUUUUCUCUCCUCCUUCCUCUUUUCCAUACUCCCUCACUUUCCUUCCUUCCUCCUCUUUCUUUCUUUUGCAGAAAGAGGUCUUUGCUUCGGUGUCUAUAGCCAUUUAACUUUUUGGAUGCCCUGGGUCAUUUUUGUGAGCUAAUGCUCAGCCAGUUCAUACUUUUAAAAACAAAUUAAAAAAAAAAAAAAAAAAAAAAAAAAAAAAAAAAAAAAAAAAAAGAGCAAAGAAAAUAAAAACCAAAAAAACCCAAACAGCCACAAGCCAGAGCAAGUCACCUGAAGCUCUCUGCACACUGGUGUCCUGUGAAGAACCCCAUCCUCUCUUCACUUCACCCUGCGCUCAUGUGCACCCAGCCCUUGCUAAACACCUUCUUUCCUGUCCCCUCCUUCAUGCAACAUCGCCCCACAGGCCUGAACUAAAGCUGUGUCAACUCUACUGAAAGCCUACUUUUUUUUCUUUUAAAAUCCUCUUCCUUCCCCUCCCCCAAUUCAACCAGGUGUCUUUCUCUUUCUCCUGUGUAUGCCUGUGUGCGUGCGUGCAUGCAUGUGUGGCUCUUGCUCCGUCUUCACUCUUUCUGUCUUUAUCUUGCUCUCUCUAAGCAUGCAAAACGAACAGUCCAUGUGUACAUACGCUCAUCCUAUUGUAGAUAAUGUCCUGCCUUGUCAGUGUGAGACAAGAUGCAGAGAGAUCACUUAGGCAGAGAAGAGGGGUGAGGAGAGAGGGGCAGCUGCAACACAGGUUCACAUUGUGUCCUCACUGGCUUUUUGUCUUCUGGCCACCUUGCUUGCAAGAGUCAGUCUGCACCCUUGUCUAGGCUUUUUUUUCCUCUCCCACCUCCAACUUGUUUGGCUCUCAGCCUCCAAGUACCAGCAUAGUAGCCUGUGCUAUGCAUGAGUGCUUGCACACGCUCAUGGGGGUGUGCACUCAUGUGCAAUUGUCCAAGCAAGCAGAAGAAAGCAGGACUGGCCUACAACACUAUGGACUGAAGAGUACAGCCACCAUUCCUCCUGGGGAUGGGAGGCUGAGCCAGUGAUGUGAGUGAUGAGACCUCGGACAUCACCAAGCAGCCAUUCCUUUUAGAUAUAGUGUGCAUAGGAACAAUACCUCAACAUCAAAACCACAAUCUGAUCAUUCCUAACCAUUUUGGUAGACAUGCAAAAAUAGAGCCAAUACCCUUUUU